CGGCGCUUUGCUCACUCUUUUACGGAAGCAGACAACGCAGAAGGCAGGCCAAUAACGACCACGAUGCGGUUGCUCGAGAAGCUAGGCCUGCUGUGGCUCAGCGUACAGGCUGUUAGCCCCAUUGCGGCCCAUGCAUCCCAUGGCCGUCAUGGCCUGCAGCAUGCCCAUCUUCAUCAGGCCCAUCAAGUGGUCCCUCGGGAUAUCAGUUCGUUCAACCUCUUUUCUUCGACUGUCUUAACGAACGGGACGCGGUCCGGCGCCCGGCCAGCCUUGCCCCCCGGAAAACCUCAGGUAGUGUGUCCUGGAGACCAGCCAGGCCCCAGCUGACACGAUGCCUAGCCCCCG